GCCGGAUGACGUGGCCUGGUAACGUCCCUGCCCGUCCGGCCUCCGGGGAACGGCGCGGCCGGAACAGCCCGCGGCCUAGUCCCGCCCGGCGCGCGUGUGCCUGCCCGCCGAGCCCGGGCUAGCGGCGGGGACUGCUGGGCCUGCGGGGACGCGGCGCGCCGCUGUCAUGGGGGAGUGACGCGCCCGCGCUUCCGCAGCGGCGGCGAGACAUGAGGAGAGGCCGCGGCGCGGGCAGCGGCGGCUCCUGAGCCGGCAUGGAGGACAAGUACGGCGGGGACGCGCGGGCCGGGCCCGGCGGCGGCCUCGGGCCGGUGGACGUGCCCAGCGCCCGAUUAACAAAAUACAUUGUAUUACUGUGUUUAACCAAAUGUUUGAAGGCUGUGGGACUUUUUGAAUCAUAUGAUCUCCUAAAAGCUGUUCACAUUGUGCAGUUUAUUUUUAUAUUAAAACUUGGGACUGCAUUUUUUAUGGUUUUGUUUCAAAAACCAUUUUCUUCUGGGAAAACUAUUACAAAACAUCAGUGGAUCAAAAUAUUUAAACAUGCAGUUGCUGGAUGUAUCAUAUCACUUUUAUGGUUUUUUGGCCUUACUCUUUGUGGACCACUAAGGACGUUGCUGCUGUUCGAACACAGUGAUAUUGUCAUUAUCUCACUACUCAGCGUUUUAUUCACGAGCUCUGGAGGAGGGCCAGCAAAGACAAGGGGAGCUGCUUUUUUCAUUAUUGCUGUGGUCUGUUUAUUGCUUUUUGACAAUGAUGAUCUCAUGGCUAAGAUGGCAGAACACCCGGAAGGACAUCAUGACAGUGCGCUGACUCACAUGCUUUAUACAGCUAUUGCCUUCUUAGGUGUGGCGGAUCACAAGGGCGGAGUACUUUUGCUGGUGCUGGCUUUAUGUUGUAAAGUUGGGUUUAGCACAGCUUCUAGAAAACUCUCUAUAGAUGUCGGUGGAGCCAAGCGCCUUCAGGCCUUAUCCCAGCUUGUUUCUGUGUUUCUCUUGUGCCCGUGGGUGAUUGUUCUUUCUGUGACGACUGAGAGUAAAGUUGAGUCUUGGUUUUCUCUCAUCAUGCCUUUCACCACAGUUAUAUUUUUUGUCGUGAUCCUGGAUUUCUAUAUGGAUUCCAUUUGUUCAGUCAAAAUGGAAGUUUCCAAAUGUGCCCGCUAUGGAUCCUUUCCCAUUUUUAUAAGUGCUCUCCUUUUUGGAAAUUUUUGGACACAUCCAAUAACAGACCAGCUCCGGGCUAUGAACAGAGCAGCACACCAGGGGAGCACAGAGCAUGUCCUGUCUGGAGGAGUAGUAGUGAGUGCUGUGUUCUUCAUUUUGUCGGCCAACAUCCUAUCAUCUCCCUCUAAGAGAGGACAGAAAGGUACCCUUAUUGGAUAUUCUCCUGAAGGAACACCACUCUAUCACUUCAUGGGUGAUGCUUUUCAGCAUAGCUCUCAGUCGAUCCCUAGGUUUAUUAAGGAAUCACUAAAACAGAUUCUUGAGGAGAGUGACUCUAGGCAGAUCUUUUACUUCUUGUGCUUGAAUCUGCUUUUUACCUUUGUGGAGUUGUUCUAUGGAGUGCUGACCAAUAGUCUAGGCCUGAUCUCAGAUGGCUUCCACAUGCUCUUUGACUGCUCGGCUUUGGUGAUGGGACUCUUUGCUGCCUUGAUGAGUCGAUGGAAAGCAACCCGGAUUUUCUCUUAUGGGUAUGGCCGGAUAGAAAUUCUCUCUGGAUUAAUUAAUGGACUUUUCCUGAUAGUAAUAGCUUUUUUUGUGUUUAUGGAGUCAGUGGCUAGAUUGAUCGAUCCUCCAGAACUAGACACAAACAUGUUGACACCAGUUUCCAUUGGAGGGCUGAUAGUAAACCUUAUUGGUAUCUGUGCCUUUAGCCAUGCCCAUAGCCAUGGCCAUGGAGCUUCUCAAGGAAACUGUCACUCAUCUGAUCACGGCCAUUCCCACCAUUCUCAUGGACACAGUGAUCAUGGUCACAGCCACGGAUUCACAGGUGGAGGCAUGAAUGCUAACAUGAGGGGUGUAUUUCUCCAUGUUUUGGCAGACACACUGGGCAGCAUCGGUGUGAUUGUUUCCACAGUUCUUAUAGAGCAGUUUGGAUGGUUUAUUGCCGAUCCCCUGUGUUCUCUUUUUAUUGCUGUGUUAAUAUUCCUCAGUGUUAUCCCACUGAUUAAAGAUGCCUGUCAAGUUUUACUUCUGAGACUACCACCUGAAUACGAAAAAGAACUGCAUAUUGCUUUAGAAAAGAUACAGAAAAUUGAAGGAUUAAUAUCAUACCGAGACCCUCAUUUUUGGCGCCAUUCUGCCAGUAUUGUAGCAGGAACAAUUCAUAUACAGGUGACAUCUGAUGUGCUGGAACAAAGAAUUGUACAGCAGGUUACAGGAAUACUUAAAGAUGCUGGAGUAAACAACUUAACAAUUCAAGUGGAAAAGGAGGCAUACUUUCAACAUAUGUCUGGCCUGAGUACUGGAUUUCACGACGUUCUGGCUAUGACAAAACAAAUGGACUCCAUGAAAUACUGCAAAGAUGGUACUUACAUCAUGUGAGAUGUACCCUGUGGUGUGAGCAAUGGAGGUUGAGUGACUGUGUUUAUAAUGUCACACCAGAAUGAAAGUUGCACAUAAUUGUACAAAAACUUUUAAACUUUUAAAAGCUUCCUGCUGUUUGGUAAAGGAGUCUCUUUUAAAGAAAAUUGAAAUGCAGAAUGAAGCAUUAAUUGUAUAAGAAAACUUUGUUACUCUGAAUUAUGUGUAUGAAAGGAAUCUUAAAUUUGAAUAUGAUGUAAUCGUAUCACAUCAUCUUCAGAAAUGGACACAUAAUGAUGGAUUCUGGUGAAGACCAAAAUUUCUUCUGUGCAUUUACUUUCUAUCAGAAAGCAUCUCCACUGUAAAUAUGUAUUUACAUGUUUAUUACAAAAACCCAGAUGAAGUUUUUAGUCGAUUUUUUGCAUAUCUGAAGAACAAAAUGAGAAUAAAAUUCUAUAUUUAUGAGUUUUCUGUAUAUAAAACUGGUUUCUAGUUAUAAUUUAAGUCUAUUAAGUAAAAGUUGUAUUUCUACUUGAAAUGUAAACAAUUCAGGAGAAAUUUCAACCAUUGAUUUGAGAUAAACAAUGAGAAUAGAGAACUAUAAUAUAGUUCUUGAUGGGUUAUGAGGUUUAACCACUCCAUUAAAUAAAUUUUAUUUUUGGUAGUUUUUGCAAAUGAAUAAUUGGUUAGAGUAAAGAACUUACACUAAGUUGUAUCAUGUUACUCCCUAUUAUCUUUCAACACCAAGGCUGAAUAUCCGGUUUUCCUGUAUGCAUCUGGCCUCCCAAGACACUGUGCUGCCCGUCAGUACAGACUGUUCGUCCUGUCACUUGCCUCCUUGCGUGUGCAACAGUCACACCUGAUUUCAGAAUUGCAUUCUCAUGUGCUUAUAACUUUUUUUUUUUUCUGAUUUCUGGAGAAAUGUACACAUAUAAUAAAUAACAGAGUAGUUUUUUCAAGAUGUAGGUGAAAUUUGUACAUGGCUUUUGGCUGCCAUGAAAGUGAAAUGUCCUGUAAUUACUUUCUAUAGUUUUGUCUACCAUAAUCAUUUCCAGUUUUAGCUGGAUGUAUAAUCUAAAGAGACAUUAUGAGUGAUAUAUGCAGUUUUAUGGCCAAAGAAUGUUGUUCAGUGCAAACUUGAAUAUUUUCAUUACAGUAGGAAUUUUGAUACAUAGGAUGAUUUAGAAUAGAUAUUUUCCUAUCAUGAUGACAGACAUUUUAAAAAAUAUUUUAUCUUACCAGUUUUAAUAUAUGAAGGUAUUUAGAAAUUUCUUACAAGUUACUUUGGUGCUCUUUAUCUUCUUUUUGCACGCUUUGGUCCAGAAUUUUCAGCACAUAUUAAAAUAUUGAGUGGUGGAGCUGAAGAGAUGUCUCAGCAGUUAAAAGUACAAGGACCUGGCCAGCAUCCUACAUGGAAGCUCACAGUUGUCUCUUAACUACAUUCCCAGGGAUCUAAUGUCCUCUUUUGGCACUGUAUGCAUGUGAUACACAAACGUAUGUAGCCCUGGCUAUCCUGAAACUCAUUGUGUAGACCUCGCUGACCUGAAACUCAAGAGAUCUGCCUGCCUAUGCCUUCCAAGUACUGGGAAUAAAGGUAUAUACUACCACCCAGCAAAAUAAAGUUUUUUAAAUUAAAAUCUUGAGUGAUG